GCGAGCUAGGCGCAUACCAAGAUGAGCAAGCUGCUAUGCACCGUAUGGCUCCUGCUCCUCCUCGCGAACCUGGGAUGGCCAGGCCACGCCUCCCGGGCGCUCUCGUUACGUCGGCGGUACGAGUCCAUCUUCAGUUUCGGCAAUUCUUACACCGACACCGGCAACAACCCGGUCGUCUUUGCCGACAACGGCGUGUUCGACCCCGUCACACGCCUUCCCUACGGCUCCAAGUUCUUCGGACGACCCACCGGCCGCUGCUCCAACGGCCGCCUCAUCAUCGACUUCAUUGCUCAGCGCCUAGGCCUGCCGCUGGUUCCGCCUUCGCUGGCGCACAAUGGGAGCUUCCGCCGAGGCGCCAACUUCGCCGUUGGCGCCGCCACCGCUCUCGACGCAGCUCGCUUCCACGACGGGUCCAAUCCCGGCAACCAGUUCCCUCUCAACACCAGCCUGGGCGUGCAGCUGGAGUGGUUCGAGUUGCUCAAGCCUUCGCUCUGCCGCACAAGCCGAGGGUGUGAGAGAUUCUUCGGCAGAUCGCUCUUCAUCUUGGGGGAAUUCGGGGUCAACGACUACCACUUCUCAUUCGGGAAGAGCAUGGACGAGAUCACGUCCCUCGUUCCAGAUGUGAUCAGUGCAAUCUCCAUGGCCAUCGAGAGGCUGAUCAUCACGCACGGGGCGAAAAGUGUCCUCGUUCCCGGGACGGUCCCGUCAGGAUGCAUACCGCAGAUUCUCCACUACUUCGCCAAAGACGACCCGGCAGAGUACAACUCCACCACCGGCUGCCUGAAUGUUUACAACAAGUUAGGGAUGCAGCACAACCUGCUGCUGCAGGAGGCCCUGGAGAAGCUCCGGGACAGGUACCCCGGCGUCACGAUCGUCUACGGCGACCUCUUCGGCCCCAUGAUCGAGAGGGUGGAGUCGCCUGCCAAGUUUGGGCUCGAAGAGGACGUUCUUACCCAGUGUUGCGGCGGGCCUGGGACGCUUAUUUGCGGCGAUGAUGGUGCAAAUGUAUGCGAGAAACCGUCUGCCCGCCUGUUCUGGGACGACGUCCACCUGACGGAGUCGGUUUACCGCUACAUCGCCGACCUCUGGCUGCGCAGCAUGGACUCCCCUGCAGCAGAGAGCAGUUAGUAAGAUGGUGAAGCUGAUCGGCCAGACUACGCUUCGAUCAAGACCGGACUGCAGCAUCCAGUGAGGCCAGAGCUACUUCUUCAGGCAUGCUCAUCUCUUGGGAAGGUUUUGCCAUCAACUGUGUGAAAUCUGAGGACGCUUUGACAUCACUUCGUCCUUUUAUCCCCUCGUUAUUACCGUUUACCUUUUUUUAUCAUGUAUAAACUGCUGUUUGGCCGGUUUGGGUGAAGCCUUUUUGGUUUUUGUAACAACUGUAAGGAAUGUGUGCAUAGAUGGUGCAGAGGCCAUGACUCAUGAGAUUCUCUUUUCUA